AUGCCGACUGCGCAAUCUGACCCAACGUUCACCAACUACACACGCUCUCAAGCCCAAGGCUAUCUAAAAAACCGUUUAUCAUAUCCCAAGAAGCUUUAUGAGACAAUUAUCAACUUCCACACCAGCACCGGCGGCCAGCUAGAUGUCCUCGCGGACAUCGGCUGUGGCCCCGGGCGCGCAACACGCGAUUUGGCAUCCGCAUUCGACUAUGCCAUAGGGUUGGACCCCGGCGCCGAAAUGAUUCAUGCUGCGUCUAAUGCAAGCCAAUUAGACGAAGGUAGCAAUAAUAUGACUCGCACUGGCCGUUCGGUAGUCUUUGCCGUCUGCGGCGCUGAGAAAUGCGCUCAAGGAGUCAUAGAUGCUCUGUCGGCGUCUGGAAGUAGUGUUACUGGGGAAAAGAGCGUUGAUUUGCUGACAGCUGCCAUGGCGGCUCAUUGGUUCUCAAUGCCUGACUUCUGGGCCGAAGCAGCCCGACUAGUGAAGCCGCAAGGCACCGUUGCUCUAUGGACAUGUUCAUCACUAUACUGUCACCCUUCAACCCCCAACGCGGCUGCGGUACAAAAAGCUCUGUUCCGUUUGGAGCGAGAAGUCUUAGCUCCAUACGAACUUCCUCCCAAUCGUCUAUCCCGCGAUAUGUAUGACAACCUCGUUCUUCCAUGGCAUCUUGCCGAUGACGGGAAUAGCCUCGCGUCGGCAUUUCCAGAGUCAGACUUUGUACGCCAGGAAUGGGAUCGCAAUGGCAUUCUAAGCAAUGGUCAAGAAUUCUUCCUGGCUGAUAAGGAUGAUUCUAAAGGCGAGACAACACUGGAUAGUCUAGAGGCAAGCUUGGGUACAGCUAGCAUGGUGACUCGUUGGAGGGAAGCGCAUACUGAUCUUGCGGGGACAGACAAGGAUUGCGUGAAGGAGAUGGCGGAUGAGAUUAGAAUAGCAAUCGGUGAGCAGAACCCGAGAUUCAAGGUUGGGAAUUCGGUUACAUUGUUGCUUUUCAAAAGAAAGUGA